AAGCACGUCAGCUGUUCUUGUUGCUGUGCAGAUCACCCAACGUAGGGUCAGUGAGAAAGAGGCAGCGUUGGCUCGCCUUGCUGAUAGGAUUAGGAGACGGUGCUUUGUCAGUCCUGAUUGAGUCCUGGGUCCCCGACAAAAGCAGGUGGUGCCUCCUCUUCCCGGACGGCGGCAGCAGCAACAGCCGCAGCAGCAGCAGCAGAGGCGGCGGCGGCGCCCCGAGCCGGCGGGCAGCGACGCGAUGGGGCCCCAUCGCGAGGGCAAGAAGGAGCAGCGAGGACAGCAUCAGGAGAAGGAGACUUCCAGAAGCCGAAUUCCCCGCUUGAUUCUUCGACCUCACCUGCCCCUACAACAACACAAAGUGUCCCCGACCUCCGAGUCUCCCUUCUCUGAGGAAGAAAGCAGAGAGUUUAAUUCCAGCUCUGGGCGCUCUGCUCGGACCAUAAGCAGCAACAGCUUCUGUUCAGAUGACACGGGUUGUCCAAGUAGCCAGUCGGUGUCUCCUGUAAAGACACCCCCGGAUUCUGGAAACAUCCCUGUUGGAUUUUGCCCUGGAAAUGAUGCUGAUUUUAUCAGAAAGAAAUGCACAAUUGGAAUGGCUAGUGAGGGAGGCCUUCAGUCAACUCGACAUAAGAAGGAAUCAAAGUCAGGCCUUAUAAAACCAGGUAGUGAAGCAGAUUUCAGCUCCUCCAGCAGCACUGGCAGCAUUUCUGCUCCGGAGGUCCAUAUGUCUGCAGCGGGCAGCAAGCGAUCGUCUUUUACACGCAACCGUGGUCCCCAUGGGCGGAGUAAUGGAGUGUCAUCACACAAGCCGGGGAACAGCCCCCCAUCCCCACGGGAGAAGGACUUGCUGUCUGUGUUCUGCAGGAAUCAGCUGAACCCUCUCAACCUGCACCCCAAUUAUGCGCCUUCUUCCCCCAGUAGCAGCAACUCUGGUUCCUACAAAGGAAGUGACUGCAGCCCUGUGAUGCGGCGGUCAGGAAGAUACCUAUCCUGUGGUGAAAAUCAUGGGGUCAAGCCCCCAAGUCCUGAGCAGUAUUUGACUCCUCUGCAGCAGAAGGAGGUGACUGUAAGACACCUCAAGACCAAGCUGAAGGAAUCUGAGCGCCGUCUCCAUGAGAGGGAAUCUGAGAUUGUGGAGCUAAAGUCUCAGCUGGCCAGGAUGAGAGAAGACUGGAUCGAGGAAGAAUGCCACCGGGUAGAGGCCCAGUUGGCCCUCAAGGAAGCCAGGAAAGAGAUUAAACAGCUCAAGCAGGUCAUUGAGUCUAUGAGGAGUAGCUUGGCCGACAAUGACAAAGGCAUCCAGAAAUAUUUUAUUGACAUUAACAUCCAAAACAAGAAAUUGGAAUCUCUCCUGCAGAGCAUGGAGAUGGCACACAAUGGCUCCUUGAGGGAUGAACUGUGUCUCGACUUUCCCUGUGAUUCUCUGGAGAGCAACUCAGCCCUGAGUACCCCCUUUGGCAAGAGGGUAGAUGGGCCAACCUUGGAAGAGACUGUUAUAGAGGAAGUGAAUAGUGAGCAGCAACUGCUGGAAGAUGGCUUGGCUGAAGGCACAGAUUUGUUUGAGGGCAUGAGGGAAGCCUGUGACAUGGACUUUCUUCACUCUGACCCUGCGGCCAAACAUCUGGAGAGCCUUCCUGGAGUGAGAGAGCAGCAGCAAGGCCCACUAGGGGUGGACCAAGCAGUGCAGACUGAUGUGGUGCCCUAUGGCCAGGCCAUCUCAGACUUCAUCCAGCAUAUGCUCAAACUCCAGGGCCCUAGGCCUUCUCACUCAGCUACCCCUGGAGAUUCUGGGGUUGACUUCCCUGCCAACACCCUUCACCCCAUCUCUGCACUCCUGCUGAAUUUAACCCAGAAAACUUCAAACUCAGAUAUGCUCUUGUCUCCUAUGGAGACCCCUUGCCACUCUGAGCUGGAUCUGGACGGUCAUGAAAAACAUCUCAUAAAGGAGCUGGAUUUUGCAGGCCCGGACCAAGGAAGGCUGGAGGACAACAGCCCAGUGCCCCCUUCUUCUUCUCUGGGGGUUGUGGGGAGGCAGUACUGGAGCAGCAGCUUCCUGGUUGAUCUGCUGGCAGUGGCUGCCCCUGUUGUCCCCACCGUUCUGUGGGCCCUUAGUACUCAGAGGGGGGGCAUAGAUCCCGUCUACAACAUAGGAGCCUUGCUCCGGGGCUGCUGUGUCCUGGCUUUGCAUUCUCUCCGACGCACUGCCUUUCACGUCAAAACCUAAAGAAUAGUGAUUGCUACCUUGUGCCAAUUGGUCCCCGUAUGACUUUGGUGCUAGGUGGAGAAACAGUAAACCCCAGCCAUCCUUCCCCUGACCUUCUCCCAAUCUCCCACCUCUACUCUCUUUGGCAGUUUCUUUCUGUUCUGUCAUUUCUGCAACUCGGUGUUGGAUUUGCACUAUGUUUAGUUGAAGCCUGCUUAACUGUUUUGAAGCAGAGGUAUCUUCGAGGCCAUGGAGACAUGUCCUGAUGUGUGGUCCAGAAAGCAUGCAUAGGACCCUGCUGUGGUGUCUAAAGUACCUGUUCUUCUCCCUCGUGGUUCAGGAAGAAAAAUGCAGUUUGCACUUUUCACGACAGCUUGUUAGGCUGGCAUGCUUUUCCGUUUCGCUUUCUGCUUCGUGCCGUUUUCCAAUGUGUAAAUCGUUCCAGCAUCCCAAUGGUCUUGUGCAUAGCAGGGACAGUAACCAAAAAUUCAGAUGUACUUGUGAAAUGGGUUGGUUAAAAAAAACUCUUUGAAUAGCACUUUUAGUCUCUUCCUUGGGUUUGAUAAGGUUUGAGUGUUUGCAGUUUUUACUCAACAUAGCUCCAAAGUCUCCUUUGUUCUAAAUCAGUUCCUUGAUGAGAUUGUACGUUUACAAUGUAUUAACUUAUUUUUUUUGCUUAUUACAUAGAGUGUUUUAUUGGAAACUGUUUGUAACCACACAGCAUGAUGAGAAGAAAGAUUAGUGUUUCCAUUUUAAUAAAUGUUUUU